UGCUCAGGAACUGAACUCGUUUUGAUCCUCACUUGUUUACUCUUCUCUGCUUGGGCUAAUGAGAUUACAGGGUAUUAUGUUGUUUAGGAAUUAGUCAUCGGCGUUCAAAAAACGUGACACUUAAGACUUUUGAAGCCUGGGGAAGCACUCUGGAUGUGAUUGUGACUAAUACAGACAACAGGUACGAGAUCGUGAGUUGAGCUUUAGCUUUAUUUGCAUGGACAGAAGAAAGAAAAUCCCUGCCAGUGUUGAGAAAAUGGACGCCAUAGUUAAGAAAUCCCUGGCCAGCUGUGUCUCAGGGUGGAAGGAUGGAUUUGGCGAAAAAGAGAAGGCUGUGAGGAGGAAGAGUGCACCUUGCUGUCACUCGCACAUCACUUACGACUCGUCCUGGAUCAGAGCCUACCAAGCAGAGCUACACAGAGAAAGGAAACUGAGACAGGGGGUGUUAGCACAGAAGAAGGCAGAAAGAACUGUUUUGAAGGCCCAUUUCAGGAACCCACAACAUUACAGCAAGACCCCACAGGACAGGAAGCACUUCAAAACCAAAUCGUCCCAGAAAAAAGACGACUCGCUCUUUGGUGCCUUCCAGGGACUCAGUCUCGAUAUGGACAGCGUCCGGUCUUUUAAACCCACAGCGCCAAGUGCAGAGCAGUGUAAAGUCAUGUAAUAAAAGCAGCAAAAUCAUGUUCCUCCAUAAUAUCCUGCACCUCUUACAGAAACAAAAUGUAAAUGUGUCAGUCAAAUCAUUCAUUCUGAAAUAAAUAAAUAAAUCAAUAAAACUGUUUUUA